AUGCCCUUCCGUCUCGGCAGAAGACGCAAUGAUUCAGGUUCUACUGGAUCAUUCUCCACUGCUACACCUCCCGGCACACCACGAGAUAAAGUCGCCUUUGAUUUGAAGGACGACAGUAAUCCCAACGACAUCACUGCAGAACCCGAAGAAAUUGAAAAAGAUGACCAUGAACAAGUGACGCCAACUGCCACCGCAUCUUCAACAUCCUUCUCCGAUUUACCUACAACACUCAAACCCGACUGGGCGGAUGAUAUCCCACCCGACACCACGGAUGAUUCUUCACAAAGCAGAACCCGACGGAAACUAAUGCUUCGCGAUGAAGAGCCUAAUAUACAAACUGAUAGGGAGGCAAAAAUUACUGAUGGACAGUUUCAAAAAUGGUACGAGAAUGGAGAGCUGAACGUGUUUGGUUACAUUGUAAUUAUCAAUAGCGGUCGUAAUAACAUAUCUUUCGUUAUCACGUUUUAUAGGGGAUCUGGUGGACUCGAUCUCUGGUGGGCCCGUGACUUUGGCAGAUGGAGAAAUCACGACCUUUGCGUCAUUGUUACAGUUAAUCACGGUCUAGUAAAACGUAAAGGAUUUACAAUGGAGGAUUUGGAAGGAUUGGAUAUCCUAAAGAAAGCCUGGCGAAAGGCUAUUGGGUCACGUGAAUAA